UUUUUCAACAUUAGGAACCCAGACGGAAGUUGUUCUCGGGUUCUCCAGAAUUAAAGCUCCUAUCAUUGAGUUUGGGUCAAGUUUUUUCUGGUUCUCUUCUGUUCUUCCACACCGGUUGACAGUUGGACCGGAUUACAAAACCAGAUUUCUGGCAGCUCCUCCGCCACUUUGUGGAUGGAAAGGUUCUGCUAAUGUGCGGCCCAGCAGUCCGGAACCUCCACAGCAUGAAGACGCUAACGUUUGGACUAACUCUGGUUCGACAUGGCGAAACACAGUGCAACAAAGAGGGCCGUUUACAAGGUCAGGCCAUAGAUUCUCCUCUAUCUGAAACUGGGCUGCAGCAGGCCGAAGCUGCAGGACGUUACCUACGGGAGGUCAAGUUCAGCCACGCGUUUGCCAGUGAUAUGCUGCGCGCCAAGCAGACGGCUGAAACGAUUCUGCAGCACAACAGCAGCAGCUCCGGUCUACAACUCGCCGUAGACUCUUUACUCAAAGAAAAGAACUUUGGAAUUGCUGAAGGAGGACGCGUUCAGGAAUUCAAAGACAUGGCCAGAGCGGCGGGUAAGUCCUUCAUGGACUUCACCCCCCCACAAGGGGAGACUCAGGAGCAGGUGAAGGAGCGGGUCAAAAGGUUCCUGGAGAAAAUGCUCCAGCAGAUCGGAGCUGAACGCUGGAACCGCGGAGAGCCGGACAACACCUCCACACCUGCGUCACCGGAGGCGGCUCCCAUUGAGGGGAGGGCCGGUGACGGGGUCGGGGACGCGGCAGGCCACGCUUUGGUCGUCACCCACGGAGUGUACAUGUAUGUGGCGGUGCGCUACUUUGUGGAGGAGUUGCAGUGCAGCUUACCGCAGGGCAGUGAAAGGGCGCAUCUGUUUUCCCUAAGUCCCAACACUGGGAUGUGCAGGUUCACAGUGAGCACGACGAAAGAGGGCGACCGGUUCGUUCUGACCCGGAUCUGCUGCGUGUUCCUCCACAGGCAGGAUCAUGUCAAAGAUCUGCACUGAAAGCCACGUUUCUUCAUGCUCCACAGUCUCUGAGCUGAAGAAACAGCUCGGUCACUCCUUUUUGGUUUUGUAGUCUGGAGAGUGUGAAGGUGAGUGAAGAUCGCUGCCUGCUCAGCACCUCCAAAAAUAUGGAAAAAGAGUUCAACUCACGUCAAAUAUAUUUUAAAAAAAUCUCAUUUAAAUGCAAAACAGGAAUCCAAUGGAGAACUGUAUGCCACAUGCGGUCUUUUUGCUCUGAAAGAAUACUUAUAUUUAUUCAAAGUGAUAUUUUAACAGUUUUUUUUAUCAUGGAGGACAUGUAUAAAAAUAAUUCAGCUCAAAAUUACA